AUGCCCGCGGGCAAUGUUCUUCAAACCGCUCUGCCACAACAAACGACAACGGCGGGGAUGGCAGACUUCUGUGUCGCCAAAAUUUGUGGGGCGGGAUCCACCCGCCUCUAUUUAGCAGCUGUGAUCUUCGUGAUCGGAGCUAUCUUCGUCCCCGCAUCUCGGACGGCGCAAGCAUCAGUGGAAUCACGUUUUUCCGGUGACGGGGACGCGACACAGACGGAAUCCUUCCUCUCUCAAGCAUCGAUCGAGGAUGAAAGUUUGCCUGACCAACCGCGCUUCUUGCAGCGGCGGUCGGCGAUCUUUGGAUUCCUUGGCAGAACAGACGGGGAAAGCACUAAGCACACAGAAGGUACCGACGACAUUCUAGGCGAUGUGGAUGGUGCCGUGGUCACUCCCCCGGGUGAGAACCUGGCAAACAGCAAAGCAUCGGCAGAUGAUGACAGCUUCGAGAAGCAUCGUUCAGCUGACUAUGCGACAAGAGAUAAGAAUUCGGACAUGCCAGAUGAGACCAAUUCUAAGGCAACUUGGCAGCAAGACGGAAACACGCCUGUUGGGGACGAGGCGAACGCCCGGAUCAACGAAGCCUCAACAACCCCAGAUUCUAUUGCACAGGACACGCUGAACCACGAACGUGGCCACGAAGCUGUCGUAAAGGACGAAUCGGCAGAGCAGGAGGCUGACCACGCUCUUGGUAAUACCUCCCUCACGGGAACCGAGGAGCCAGUAAUUGCAGCACUGACAGCCUUCAACAGCGAAGCCGCAGACGUUCCUGAAACUCGUGAGAGACAGCACGAGGAAAGGGAUGAGCAACCACGCAUACCCGAGACGCAUGAGCAAAAGCAGGAGGCGAUGGUUGUGGGGACGUACAGAGAGGAGGAAGUCGACGACGAGGUACAAAAUACUGACCGCAGCAAACAGGCGUCAGUCGAACAGGACCAGGUAGUGCCGGAUGAAUUCGCCACAAUGGAAGAACACACGGAACCUGAGGCAGAUCAUCCGGAGCAAAACGAAUCUCAGGCUCAGCUCUCAGAGACUGAAUCCGGCAACCAGAACCACUCAAUAAUAGAUACUAUGCUCACAGACGCAUGGGAAGUGAUGCCGGGUGUUGAUGCUAUGAAAGGUGUCGAAGAUGUGACGCCUAACGUGCCCGAGACAAAGGUGGAUCUUGACAGGGCACAAAAUGCCGAGCAUCAAGACGAUAAGACAGGUUCCCUUGUAGAUAACGAGCAGUCAACGGAUGUUCAACCUAACAAACCGGGAGAAGGAGACAGCCUGGCUACGGUGGUCUCAUUGGCCGGGAUGUCGGGGAGCGCUCCAGCAGAAAAUGCGACAGAUGAAAGCCGUGUCGCGCAACAUUUACAGUCAAAGGAAUCAGUUGAGACCCUUGUCAUGUUUACUACUGACAAACUAGACCGAGAAAAUCAAGAAGAUGAAAUUGGUAGGCCUGACUCAAUACACAAGUAUUGGAACGCAGGAAGCCUCACGGAACCUAUUGCAGCCGCCGGCGACCUCCCGCGGAAACACCCGCGUGGUCAGUACGCUGAAGAACUAGGUGUCAGCACUGGUGAGUGGUACGAUAUCGAUGACACUGCAGGACAACCCGUAAUGCUUAACACUACCGAGCAGGAAAAACCACUCAAUGCUUACGUUGAGGUGAACUUCAGCAUCCCCGACCAAGCCACUCUUCAGGCUGAGGUAGAAAAUGGCACUGUAUCAUCCUCCAUGCAAUGGAAGGAGCCGAGUAGUGAGGAAGUCGAGUUCCUGCCACGCUCGACAUGCCAUGGCUAUUGCCUUGCUGGCGCGAAACGUUCUGACAACCAAGGGACAACUGUCGACACGCCGAACAGAAACGACACGACGGAGCAACUGCAACAGAUCAACGACCAACAGGCAGCCGUCACCCCAAUUUCAGAAAAAAACGUAAGGGACAUGUUGGAAGCUAGUUCCAAAGUUGGGGGACAACCGUCCCUUGCAAGUGUCCGGCUCGACCAUGUGCUGACGCAUACACCAGAGAUGACGAAAGCUACAGAGGGCAAGGCGUCCCGCGGGCAUCUGUCGGCUAAACCUGCAGCGUCACGUACCCGCAACCCGCCUCCACCAAAACAAUCGCAGCAGCAGCAGUCCGCUAUCCAAGAUGUCUCUUCCACAGCGGAGCCACAACAGCAGACUUCUCAGCAACAAAGCAUGAAUCCCGCCGGGUUGAUGAGUUUUCUGCCAACCCGAGAUAUUCUUUCCCUAUUGACUGCUGCACAAACUCUCGAGCUGAAACCCCUGUUGGAUCUUGGCAAGACCAUGACUGCUGGGAUCGGCGUUGGAGCAGCAGCAGUCACUGCAAGCGAACAGCAGGCAGAGGCUUCACGGUUACAUCAACACCUUGAGCAAUCCAUUAGCCUUGCUGAGGACUAUAUCAGAAAGUACCUUCCGGAGAUGGGUUCCGGAGGUAGUAACCGGUUCCAGAAGGGUUGGCGAGUGUUGCCAUUUUCAGAUAUUCUAGGCCAGGAGCGGUAUGACAGGGACGACGCAGUUGAUCUCGGCUCUACUGAUUACGUUGAUCUGGUAGACAAUGACGUUCAAGACCCGGUGACGGAUGAACUCUCCGGUACUCUUCGGAGUCGUCUAGCUCAGCUAGGCGUGUUUAAUCAAGCGACCCAGCUGACGAUCCCGAAGCUCGUGCCCACAAACAGCACGAACAUACCUGCUAUUAUAAACAGUCUCGUGCAGUCCAACAGUAGUUCAUCUGGCCACUCAGUCGCAAACAGUUCCAUAUUGUGGCCGUUUGGUUAG